AUAUCCACACAUAAGGUUGUUCGUCCUUCGUAAUACAUGACAUAGAGUAAUUUUAACCCCCAAAAUAUCUUUUUUCUUUCCAACUAAGAAAACCUCACACAAACACAGUCACCGCGAUCAUGUCAUCUACGGCGUCAUCAACGGCGGCGACGACGAACAUCAUGCUAGCAAUUUACGAAAAGAAAACCACAUCAAUCGAUCUCUACCGUCCAUUACGCAACUACAUAGUCUUCAAUUACUCAGAGCGCGAAGCUCAAACCCUAGAAGACGAUCUCGAAACCCUAAAGUCACUCCGAUCAUCAAUUGAACGUUCCUCCGCCGCAGAUUCACUUCCGGCGCGGCGAGACACCUUACAAAGCUACUUCAAGGCCUUAACCGCCGUCGAAUCGAGGUUUCCGAUUUCUAACGAUAAGGAUCACGUGAAUUCGAUAACGUUCACGUGGCACGAUGCGUUUAAGAACAAGCAGAAAGCGGCUCAGCAGAAUAUACAUUUAGAGAAAGCUGCAGUGUUGUUUAAUCUAGGUGCGGUGUAUAGUCAGAUAGGUUUGACUUUUGAUCGGUCAACGGUUGAAGGGAGACGGCAGGCAGUGCAGGCGUUUGUUUCCGCAGCUGGCGCGUUUGCGUUUUUGAGAGAUAAUGAGUCGGUUAAGGCGAGCGUUGGGAAUUCGACUACUGUUGAUGUUUCGGUUGAGUGUGCUGGAAUGUUGGAGAGGUUGAUGCUUGCUCAAGCUCAGGAAUGUGUGUUCGAGAAUAGUAUCGCGAAAGGAAGUACUCCUGGGGUCUGCUCCAAGAUUUCCAGACAGGUGGGUCUUUAUUACGAAGAAGCUCUAUUGGCACUGCAUGCUGCACCCCUCACCCAACACUUUGACAAGACAUGGCUGUCUCAUGUUCAACUGAAAGCAGCCUUGUUUUACGCAGAGGCUUGUUAUAGAUAUAGUUUGGAGCUUCACGAGAAAGAGGAGAUUGCAGAAGAAAUUGCACGGUUAAAGAGUGGUAUCGGUGCUUUGACUGAUGCUAAAAAAUCAUCUCCAAAGGGGGCUGCACAGCAGAUACUUGAGGCUAUUAGUAAAUUGGAGACUAAUCUUAAUCGUAAUCUAGAGAGGGCUAUGAAGGAGAAUGACAGGGUCUACCUUAUGAGGGUUCCUCCAGCAAGCUCAUUACAACCUCUUCCUGCAUUUGCGAUGGUCAAACCUUUGAACAUGAACGAGGUGUUGGAUGCAAGCAAGGAUAGGAUGUUUGCAAGUCUUGUUCCUGACAGCAGUGCAAAGGCUCUUUCAAGGUACACUGAAAUGGUCGAUGAUAUCAUCAGAACUCAAGCUGAGAAAUUGCAGCAAGGAAGUGAGCUUGCUCGAGUGAGCCUCAAGGAAAUGGACUUGCCUGAUUCAAUUCUUGCUCUGGAAGGACAUUCUGUGCUGCCAACAUCUCUAUGGGAAGAUGUAGAGGCAGUUCAGAUUAGUGGUGGUCCAGCUGGCUUGGAAGGUGAGCUUCAACAGCUUCGUGAUUUAAGGAGGGUAAACAAUGAGAUGCUGGUCCAGACCGAGGAGCUUCUCCAAAAAGAAGCAGCAGAAGAUGCUCAAUUUAGAAGCCAAUUUGGGACACGGUGGACCAGGGCUCAGUCUAGUACUCUCACCAAAAACUUACAGGAUCGGUUAAAUAGGUUUGCCGCAAAUUUAAAGCAAGCUGCAGAUAGUGAUGGCAAAAUUGAACGCUCAGUGAGAGACAAUAUGGCCCUCAUGUCCAUUUUAGAUCGUCGCCCAAUUGAAUCAGUCCUUCCAACCUUGGCUAAGCCGAUCAUGUCUUUGGAUGCCAAUGAAGAUGCUGUAGUGGGGACCCUAAAGCAAAGCCUGAGACAAUUAGAGACAUUGGGUGCUCAAAGAGCAGGUCUGGAAGACAUGCUAAAAGAUAUGAAACGAAAGGAUGAUAUACUCCCAAAAUUGAUGACGUCCACGGGUUCAUACGAGGAUCUCUUUAGAAAGGAAAUAGCAAAAUAUAAUCAUAUAUGUGAAGAAAUAUCUCAAAACCUUCAGGCUCAGGAUCAAUUACUGCUACAUAUCCAGGCCCAAAAUCGUGAAUUUGCUGGUACCUUCAAUAUUGAGGAUUACAAAGCUGCUUGUGAUAAGUGCUAUAAGCAGAUUGAAGCUGCCAUUGCCAAGUAUCGUGAAAUCAAAGAGAACAUUAAUGAAGGACUCAAAUUCUAUGUUACUCUUCAGGAUGCGAUCACAAGCGUAAAGCAGCAGUGCAGUGACUUCAUCAUGACCCGAAGCAUACAGUGCCGAGAUAUGGUUGAAGAGGUACAACGACAAAUGUCGGGUCUCAGUUUUCAAGAUGGUAAGAAUUCUAACACUUACAAUUACCCUUCGGCUGGACAGCCUCAAAGAACAUCAUCCCAGCCAGACAUGGCAAAUAUACCCAAUCAACCUCGUCCUCAAACGCCUUAUUACAACCAACCGCCACCACCAACAGCAUAUGCUCAACAGCAUCCUCCACCACCUGCUGCUUCAUCAGGAUAUACGCAGCACCCAUCCUAUUCUCUUCCACAACAGCCGCCACCGCCCUAUGGUGGUUCCCCAUACCCGCCUCAGCAGGGCCAACAACCUCCGCCUGCGGGAGGGUAUCAGUACGGUCAACCUGCUUAUCCUGGCUGGCAGGGCUCAUACUACAACGCACAGGGUCAAGGACAAGGUCAGGGUCAGCAACCAGGAUCUUUCCCUAGGCCGCCAUAUACAGCUCCUUCUCCUUACCCUCCUAACCAGGGUGGAUAUUAUAAUAAACAAUAGUUUUGACUACUUGUGAAUGGUUUUUGGUCUCGACUAAAUAAUAUUGUUUGACUUGAUUUACAGUCUCAUUUUGUGUUAAUGUUGUGUUGCAUUAUACAAAUUGUUUGUAGACAAGUUGCGUACUAUUUAGACUAUGUGUACAUAGGUAUUAUGAGGAGAAUAACAUACCCGGCAUAUGUGAAUUCAUCGAUUACAUUCAAUUGUUGAUUUGUUGUGCUUUGCCAGGUUCU